AAAAAAUGUAUCAGUGUUGAGCUCAAUGUAUGUUUGACCGCCUACCUACACCGAAUAUUUUAGUUUUUAUUGAUACAAUUUACUUUUAGUCUUUGUUUUUUAUUACUACUUGAACGAUGGCUAGACUUUUAAUGUUAUCGUCUGUGAUUUUGCUUAGUGCUUACUUAACGGAACAGGUGCAUUUUCUUCAACCAGAGUACAUCAAUAAACUAAAUGAAGAAAUAUCGACAUGGGAGGCAGGAGAAAAUUUUCCUCCCGAUACUCCUAUCGAAUAUUUAAAAGGUUUAUUGGGAUCUCACGGUGUAGAAGCGGCAGCUAAAGGUCCAUUCAAGACCCAAGAUUCAAACUACAAUUCCUUAUUCCACAUUCCCGAAAAUUUCGACGCCAGAAAAAAAUGGAAGCGUUGUAAAACCAUCGGCAUGAUUCUCGACCAAGGAAAUUGUGGUUCAUGUUGGGCUAUGGGCACUAGUAGUGCGUUUUCCGAUCGGCUGUGCAUUGCCACAGACGGUGAAUUCAACGAACUGUUGUCAGCUGAAGAACUGACGUUCUGCUGUUUUCAGUGUGGCUAUGGGUGUUGGGGAGGAUAUCCCAUUAGGGCAUGGGAGUACUUCAGAACGAAUGGUCUCGUCACCGGUGGUAGCUAUGACAGUCAACAGGGAUGUCUGCCAUAUUAUGUCCCACCUUAUCUUGACGAAGAUGUUCCGACGGAGAUGAACCACAGAUGUGUUGAAAAGUGUUACGGCAACACAACAAUCGAUUUUAAAGAAGACCAUAGAUACACUAGCGACGCGUACUUCCUUAAACCAGACAGCAUUCAAGAAGACGUUUUGGUUUACGGCCCGGUAGAAGCGUCUUUUAAAGUCUACGACGAUUUCUACAAUUACAAAUCGGGUGUCUAUAUAAAAUCGGAAAAUGCUUCGUUCUUGGGAGGUCAUGCCGUGAAAUUGAUCGGAUGGGGCGUAGAAAAUGAAACUCCAUACUGGCUGUUGGUGAACUCGUGGAAUGAAAACUGGGGAGAUCAGGGAACGUUCAAGAUCCGAAGAGGCACAAACGAAUGUGGAAUCGACAAAUCGAUGACAGCCGGUGUGCCCGUUAUUGACUAAAAAAUUACCAAUGUGCAUACAAUAUUAUUUAUAUUGUAUGAUAAAUAACUUAAUGAAUACAUAAUGUGUAAAAUGGUUUCAAUAAUAAAUGACAACAUUUAAAUCUAACAGUAAA